UGAAGGCAGACACUUAACCGAGCCACCCAGGUGUCCCAGGGAUAUUUUUUUCUAACAAUUUUCAUGGUAGAUUAUAACCUGUUUCUAUAAUUACUUUUUGGGUUAUUACAAGAUGGUUCAGAAUAUUAGAACUGCCCUGUACUUUACAGGAUGAAUCCAGAUUCUUUGCUGAUAGAUGCUGUGAUUAUUAUUAUCUGAUAAUUGUGCAUAACAAAGCAUUGGGUUAAUUAAGGUGGGCUGUGAAGUAGAUCAUAUAUAUGCAUGCUGUGAAAUAAUUAAUAAGUUAGACUUGGGUUUAUUGGCCUGGAAUUUAUGAUGUGACUUUAGAGGAAAACAAGUUACAGAAUGAUUUUAUAAAUGCAUAUCUCCCCGUUUUUCCUUAAAAGAAAAAAGUGGGAGAAACCUCGAUACUAGUGUGAAUACAUAUUUGCAUAAGCAAAGAAAAACAGAAGAUCUACACCAGAAAAUAUUACUACUUUUAAGAAAGUGAGAUUUGGAAAGAUGGAAGGAGAUCACUUCUCUGUCUGAUUAUUCAGAUUCUUACGGGAAAAGAAACAUGGAAAAACUUGAAAGACUCAGCAGAAAUCAGGGCCCUUAAUCUGAAAAGUGUUAGAAGACCAAGGUCAAUUCUUGAUUUCAGAACUGAUUUCCACCAGCAAUCAAUUAAGUCAGCUCCUGCUGAUUUUGAGUUUGUUUAUUGUUUGAAUAGGAGGUGUGCACUUGAUAAUCUCCUUAGCUACAAGUCUGAUGCCCCAAUUGUUUAAAAUGCUGUGCUUAGUAUUUCUCUUUAUUUUGCUAAUAAGCUUUUUCCUUGUCCUAGGAAUUAAAAUCCUUUCCUCUCCAGCCCAAUUAAGUUUGUUAAGGGAGGGCCUCUAUGAAAAGGCCCUUCUUUGAGGUCUUUAAGUGGAAAUGAUUGGUUCUGAAAAUUCUUCCUUCAGUAGUUCUUAAAAAAUUUCAUAAUUAUUGAAGGCUCAUUAUGAAGGCUGUCUCAAUUUCUUCCCUCCAAAAUGCUAAGGAAUAAUUUAGACAACAGUACAGACUCUAAACAAGAAGAUGGCUCAGUCUUUUCACAGACUGAACACAAUAUUGUUGCAGCUUACUUGAUCACAGCAGGUAUAAUAAGUAUUUUCAGCAACCUCAUAGUUCUGGGCAUCUUCAUUAAGUACAAGGAACUUCGGACACCCACAAAUGCAAUUAUCAUUAACCUGGCUGUUACUGAUAUAGGGGUCAGUAGCAUUGGAUAUCCCAUGUCAGCAGCUUCAGAUCUGUAUGGAAGUUGGAAAUUUGGAUAUGCAGGAUGCCAGAUUUAUGCCGGGCUGAAUAUCUUUUUCGGAAUGGCAAGCAUUGGAUUACUCACUGUUGUGGCCAUAGAUCGAUACCUGACCAUCUGUAGUCCGGACACAGGAAGAAGAAUGACCACCAACACUUACAUCGGCAUGAUUCUAGGGGCCUGGCUCAAUGGUCUCUUUUGGGCUUUGAUGCCUAUCAUAGGGUGGGCUAGCUACGCCCCAGAUCCUACUGGGGCUACUUGUACCAUAAACUGGCGGAAGAAUGAUGCAUCUUUUGUUUCUUUCACGAUGACAGUUAUUGCAGUAAAUUUUAUUGUGCCCUUGAUGGUGAUGUUUUACUGCUAUUACCAUGUCACUCGAUCCAUUAAAUAUCGUACUACUAGUAACUGCACUGAGUACCUCAACAGAGAUUGGUCAGAUCAGGUAGAUGUAACAAAGAUGUCUGUGAUAAUGAUACUCAUGUUUCUGGUGGCAUGGUCCCCUUAUUCCAUCGUGUGCUUAUGGGCUUCUUUUGGUGACCCAAAGAAGAUUCCUCCCUCAAUGGCCAUCAUAGCUCCGCUGUUUGCAAAAUCUUCUACAUUCUACAAUCCCUGUAUUUACGUGGUUGCUAACAAAAAAUUUCGGAAGGCAAUGUUCGCCAUGUUCAAAUGUCAGACUCACCAAGCAACGCCCAUGAUGAGUAUUUUACCAAUGGAUGUAUCUCAAAAUCCACUGGCUUCUGGAAGAAACUGAAGUAAAAGAAAAAGUACACAGUGUCAAAAUAUUUUAUUUACCUUAUUCCCCAGUGGUUUAGUUUUAUUUUAAAUAUGAUCCUGUUUAGAUCAGAUGCAAACAUAGAUUAUUUU